AUGGUGAUCUCAUACUGGGAAAACCAAACAGUGAUAGUGGAAUUUGUUCUUCAAGGAUUUUCUUCCAUCCGACAGUUAAAUAUUUUCCUCUUUAUGACAUUUUUAGUUUUCUACAUCUUAACUGUUUCUGGAAACGUCCUGGUUAUCCUCCUAGUUUUGUUCAACCAUCACCUCCAUACCCCCAUGUACUUCUUUCUGGUGAACUUGUCUGUUCUGGAGAUCUGGUAUACUUCUAACAUCAUCCCCAGGAUGUUGCUGAUUAUCAUAGCUGAACAGAAGACUAUCUCUGUGGCUGGCUGCUUGGCACAGUUUUACUUGUUUGGAUCUCUGGCUGCAACAGAGUGCCUCUUACUUGCUGUAAUGUCCUAUGACCGUUACUUGGCCAUCUGCCAACCUCUUCAAUACCCCAUCCUCAUGACUGGCUCCUUCUGUGUCAGGCUGGCUGCCAGCUCUUGGCUCUGCUGCUUCCUCCUCACAGCAAUCACCGUGAUUCUGCUGUGUAGACUCACCUUCUGUGGAGCUAAUGAAAUUGAUCACUUCUUUUGUGACUUUGCCCCCCUGGUUCAUCUCUCUUGCAUGGACACCUCUUUGACUGAGACCAUUGCUUUUGUCACCUCUUCUGCAGUGACUCUGGUCCCAUUUCUCCUCAUCACAGCCUCCUACUUCUGCAUCCUCACAGCUAUCCUAAAAAUCCCAUCUGGCACAGGCCAGAGAAAAGCCUUCUCUACUUGCUCCUCCCACCUUACUGUGGUCGCAGUGUUUUAUGGGACACUGAUUGCUACAUACCUCGUGCCCUCAGCCAACUCUUCCCAACUCUUGCAUAAAGGAUUCUCUCUGCUCUACACCAUCCUGACACCCAUGUUUAACCCCAUCAUUUAUAGCCUGAGAAAUAAAGACAUCCACAAAGCUUUGAAGAAGUGCUUGAGUAAGAAGUCAGGUUUUCUCAGAUGA